UAAAUAUUAAAUAUGUCCAAAGGAGCCAAAGGUUCUUCCCCAUCAACUGUAAGCAAAAGUGGUUCACAGAUGACCGGAUCUGAGAAGCAGCGUGAUACCAGAAUGAAUAAUAUUAUUGCAGCCAAAGCUGUAUCUGAUGUUGUUAGAACCUCUCUAGGACCAAGAGGGAUGGAUAAAAUGAUCCAAGACUCGAACAAGAAGGUUUUGAUUACUAAUGACGGUGCCACAAUUUUGAAGCAAAUGGAGGUUGUUCACCCAACAGCAAGAAUGCUGGUUGAGAUUUCUAAGUCCCAAGAUAUUGAAGCAGGAGAUGGAACCACCAGUGUUGUUGUAAUCGCAGGAGCUCUCUUGAAAGCAUGCCAGAACUUGUUGGAUAAGGGAAUUCAUGCUUCUUCAAUCUCACAAGGUUUACAAGUUGCUUUGGAUAAAGCUCUGGAAGUAAUAGAUGAAAUGAGCAUUCCAGUUGACUUGAAUGAUAGAGAUAGUUUGAUCCAAAAUGCUACUACUUCCUUAUCGUCCAAGGUCGUCUCCCAGAAUGCUGAUAUUCUUGCCCCACUUGCUGUCGAUUGUGUCAUGAAAAUCAUUGAUAAGGAGAAUGACACCAAUGCUGAUUUGAGAGAUAUCUUCGUUGGCAAAGUAGUUGGCGGUACUGUUGAUGAUACUCAAAUGGUUGAUGGAUGUGUCCUAGUUGACAAGAAAGCCUGCACAACUGCUGGAGGUCCAACUAAAAUGGAGAAUGCCAAGAUUGGACUCAUUCAAUUCCAACUCUCAGCUCCAAAGACUGAUAUGGAAAGCAGCGUUGUUGUUCAUGAAUAUACUGCAAUGGAUAGAAUCCUUAAGGAAGAGAAGAAAUAUAUUAUCAGAAUGAUCAAGGCUAUUGUCAAGACUGGUUGUAAUGUCCUUCUUAUCCAAAAAUCUAUUAUGAGAGAUGCUGUAAAUGACUUAGCUCUCCACUUUUUAUCCAAGAAGAAUAUCUUGGUUGUCAAGGAUGUUGAGAGAGACACUGUUGAUUUCAUCUCUAGAACAACAGGGCUUACCCCAGUUGCCUCUAUUGAGCAAUUCACUGAAGAGAAAUUGGGAAGUGCUGAGCUUGUUGUUGAUGACAGGUCAUGCAGAUCUGUGAGAAUAACUGGAUGCCCACCUCAAGCUGAGGGAAGAAAGACUGUCUCAGUUUUAGUGAGAGGAUCUAACCAACUUAUUGUUGACGAAGCUGAGAGAUCUCUCCAUGAUGCUCUCUGUGUUGUCAGAAGUUUAGUCAAAAAGAGGGCUCUUGUUCCUGGAGGUGCUGCUGUAGAGAUGGAAGUAUCUCAGAAGCUGAACUUAUACUCCAGAAAAAUUUUCGGAAUUGAUUCUUACUGUGUAAAAGCUUUCUCAGAAGCCUUAGAAAUCGUCCCAUAUACUCUUGCCGAGAAUGCAGGAUUAGAUCCAGUCAAAUUCGUCACAGAAUUGAGAAAUUCUCAUACCAAAGGAAAAACUAACUCUGGUGUUAAUGUAAAGAAAAACAAGAUCUCAGAUAUGCUCGAACUCGAAGUUGUCCAACCAGCCCUUGUAUCUACUUCAGCCUUCACUUUAGCUACUGAAUGUGUCAGAAUGAUUCUUAAAAUUGAUGAUAUUGUGCUCUCAUUCUAAUCC